GUCUCCCUGGCCCACCUGUGGAAGGGAGCCCUGGAGAUGACUUGGGACGAGGCUGACCCUCCGUCUGUCCUGAGGAUCCAGCAUCUGUUAUGCUGAACUGGUUCCCAGGCCUCACUUCAUGUUUGGGCAGCGUCCAGGACUCACCCUCCACCCCAUCUGACCACAGGAUGCUGGAGCUGAGCCUGUCCUGGCUGGGACUUGGGCUGGUGGCAGCCUCCCCGUGGCCGCUGCUGUUGCUGGUCGGGGCCUCCUGGCUCCUGGCCCGCGUCCUGGCCUGGACCUACACCUUCUACAACAACUGUCGCCGCCUCCAAUGUUUCCCGCAGCCCCCGAAACUGAACUGGUUCUUCGCUCACCUGUACCUGGUCCCCCCGACAGAGCAGGGCUUGAGAAAAUCAAUCCAGCUGGCAGCUAACUACCCCCGUGGAUAUAAGAUCUGGUAUGGCCCCAUCACUCCCAAGAUCGUUUUCUGCCACCCUGACAUGAUCCGGAGCAUCACCAAUGCCUCAGCUGCUAUCGCACUCAAGAAUAUGGAGUUCUACAACCUUCUGAAGCCCUGGCUGGGGGAUGGGCUCCUGCUGAGUGCUGGUGACAAGUGGAACAGACACCGUCGCAUGCUGACACCUGCCUUCCACUUCAACAUCCUGAAGCCCUAUAUGAAGAUUUUCACCAAGAGCACAGACAUCAUGCACACCAAGUGGGAGUGCCUGGUCACAGAGGGCCACACCCAUCUGGACAUAUUUGAACACAUCAGCCUCAUGACCCUGGACAGUCUGCAGAAAUGUGUCUUCAGUUUUGACAGCAAUUGCCAGGAGAAGCCCAGCGAAUAUAUCGCCGCCAUCUUGGAGCUCAGUGCUCUUGUGUCAAAAAGAAACCAACAGCUCUUCCUGCACAUGGACUUCCUGUACUAUCUCACCUCAGAUGGGCGGCGCUUCCGCAGGGCCUGCCGCCUGGUGCACGACUUCACAGAUGCGGUCAUCCAGGAGCGGCGCCGCACUCUCCCCAAGGAGAAUAUUGAUGACUUCCUCAAGACCAAGGCGAAGACCAAGACUUUGGACUUCAUUGAUGUGCUUCUGCUGACCAAGGAUGAAGAUGGGAAGGGAUUGUCAGACGAAGACAUCCGGGCUGAAGCUGACACCUUCAUGUUUGAGGGCCAUGAUACUACAGCCAGCGGCCUCUCCUGGGUCCUGUACAACCUUGCAAAGCACCCAGAAUAUCAGGAGCGCUGCCGGCAGGAGGUGCAAGAGCUCCUAAGGGACCGUGAGCCUAAAGAGAUUGAAUGGGACGACCUGACCCAGCUGCCCUUCCUGACCAUGUGCAUCAAGGAGAGUCUGCGGUUGCACCCCCCAGUCACCUACAUCUCCCGCCGCUGUACCCAGGACAUCAUGCUCCCAGAUGGCCGGGUCAUUCCCAAAGGUGUGAUCUGCCUUAUCAGUAUUUUUGCGACCCACCACAACCCAUCUGUGUGGCCAGAUCCUGAGGUCUAUGAUCCCUUCCGCUUCGACCCAGAAAACAUCAAAGGGAGGUCACCUCUGGCUUUUAUUCCCUUCUCAGCAGGUUCCAGGAACUGCAUUGGACAGACGUUUGCCAUGACUGAAAUGAAGGUGGUCCUCGCUCUCACACUGCUACGCUUCCGUUUUCUGCCUGACAAGGAGGAGCCACGCAGGAAGCCGGAGCUGAUUCUGCGCCCGGAGGGUGGACUUUGGCUGCAGGUGGAGCCGCUGAGCUCAGGUGCUCAGUGACUCGGUGACCCACUACCACCCUGCCUGGGACUCUCUAUCGUCAAAAGGGCCCAGAGCGCCCCCUGCUGGCUCUCAGUGAGACUCGGGCAAACAUGACGGCAGCAUUUUAUUCCUGGGAGUCUGCAAUGGCCUCAUCCCAGUUCCGUUCACGUUUGCCUAAGUCUCACCGAGAGCCAACAGGGGGCGCUCUGGGCGCUUUGAGAAUACAGAGGGUGGGCGUGGUUGAUUGGAGGCGGGACCAGUUGCCAUGUGCCCAAUAUUACCUCUCUAAGCUGACCCCCAGUCUGGCGCUGUGGUAGAGAAUCUACCUGCCAAUGCUGGAGAUGCAAGAGAUUCGGGUUGGAUCCCUGGGUCGGGAGUAUCCCCUGGGGAAGGAAAUGGCAACCCACUCCAGUAUUCUUGACUGGAAAAUUCCAUGGACAGAGGAGCCUGGUGGGUUACAGGUCAUGGGGUCGUAGGGAACACACUUGAAUAUAUGCACGGCUGACUCCAGGACCCUAUACUGAUGGCUGGUUCUCCCAGAACCCAAACAUGGGCAAUAGUGAGUCACAUGAGGUGUUUGAGCAGAAGAAGGACCAGGGUUAAGGGUGGACUUAAGAGGUGGCGAGUGCUCUUCAAUAUAUGUUGAAGUCUGGGAGGAGUCCAAUAUAUAUGAGUACAUCAAACAUGUGGUUACUCCAGAUCUGCAAUGAACAUGGAAGAAAUAAAACAAAGACAUGUGUACUAAAACUCUAGGCUCCCCAGAUGACAAUGAUAGUGAAGUCGCUCAGUCGUGUCCACCUCUUUGUGACCCCGUGGACUGUAGCCCACCAGGCCCCUCUGUCCAUGGGAUUCUCCAGGCAAGAAUACUGGAGUGGGUUGCCAUUUUGUUCUCCAGGGGAUCUUCCCGACCCCGGGAUCGAGCCCGAGUCUCCCACAUUGCAGGCAGACGCUUUAACCUCUGAGCCACCAAGGAAGCCCCUAGGCUUCCCACGUAGUCUCUCUCAAUUAAGUAACUGGGAAGCGUCUCUCUAAAUUAAGUAACUGGGAUGGUUUUCAGACUCCCUGUCAACACCCCUACUCAUGUACCAAACCCCCCCCCCCCCACAUCCUCCAUGUUCAGAGCAGUCAGCAUCAUGCAUCAGAGUGGUGCAUUUGUAACAAACGAUUAACUUACAUUAACACAUUAUCACCCAAAGUCCAUAGUUUACAUCAGAGUUCACUUUUGGUGUUGUCCAUUCUGUGGAUUUUGGCAAGCAGAUAAUGGCAUGUAUUCAUUAUUAUAGUACCACACAGAAUAUUUCAUUGCCCUCAAACCCUCCCAGUGGUCUACGGAUUUCAUCUAUACCUCCCCUCAACUCCUGGCAACUAGUGAUCUUUUUACUGUCUCCAUAGUUUUGCCUUUUCCAGUAUGUCAAAUAGUUGAAAUCACAUGAUAUGUAAGCUUUUCAGGUUAGCUUCUAGCAUUUAGCAAUAUACAUUUAAAUUUCCUCCCUGUGUUUUCACGGCUUGAUAGCUCAUUUCUUUUCAGUGCUGAAUAAUAUUCCAUUGUCUGAAUGUACCAUGGGCUAUCUAUCUAUUCAUCUGCUCUGAUUUCUUUUUAAUCAGGUUUGUAUAUUACUAAACACAAAUACAUAUUUAAAUGAAACAAUAUCAAAUACAAAAAAAUGAGAAAAAAGAAACCAAAUAAAAACAAACCCUAAGAACACCCAGAAAGAACAAAAACUUAUGUGUAACUAACAGAGUAUAAUAGUAGAAAGUCUAACAUUUCCACCAUUCUUUGGGACAGAGAGAAGAGGGAUAUCAAUUCAUCCAAUAAAUGCCUGGUCAAUAGGAAAACUAGCCCUGCUUUCAAUGAUCAUCUUUAUUUGGAAGUCUGAUGGCUGUCUCAGACUUGUUAUGUCCAAACUAGAUUCUUGAUUUUUCACCCCCAGACCUCUGGGGAAUCCUGUAAUGAUUCCAAAAGUGGUUUUGUUGACUCUGUCUGUAGACAUGUGCAUUGUAAAGCUUUCUUUGUGUGAUUUAAUUUUAGUGCAAUUCAGUGAAACACAUAGACAAUAGAUGGCUUUGGGAUUCAUUAAAUGGUUUGGGGGCUAAAUACAUGGUUAAUUUCUUGUAAGUAUUCCAUGUGUGCUGGAGAGUGAGUUGCUUUUCUCUUGGGUAUACAUUUCUCUCUCUACUUAGUAACUCAAACUUUUAAGUUGUGUUUAGAUAAUACAUUCUUUAGUCUAAGUCUUGUCUUCUUGAUUUGUCGAAUUUUAAGAGGAUUGGGAUAAAAGCUCCAAGUACUGGUGUGGAUGUAGCUAUGGAUUUUCAUUUACUGAUUUAUCUAUUUUGGCUUUGCAUCUAUUCACAAUCUGUUUGGACCCUUUAAAAACUUAUAACUUUAUUUGUAACAUAAGAAGUUUUUCCUUUAAUUCUUAUCAGAUGUAAAUAUUGAGAUUGCUACCCUGAGGUUACUUUUUAAAUAUUUGUUGGAUCUAUCUUUUUCAUUAACAAUGAAAUGACAUUCACAUAAGUUAACAAUUUUAAAGUAAACAAUUCUGUGGCAUUUAGUACAUUUGAAAUUUUGAACAGCUGUCACCUCUAUCUACUUCCAGAACCUUCUCAUCACUCAGGAGGGAAAUCCUGUACCUAAUAAGCAGUCACUCCCCUGUUCCCUCUUUUCUAAAACUUUCUGUAUUCUUAUAUUUUAAGUAAGUGUUUUGUAUACACCAUCCUGUGAGACAUUUCUUUCUUAUUAAAUCAAAUCCACAAACUCUUUCUUUUAAUUAGUGACUUUAACCCAAUUACAUUCUCUCAUGUAUGGGGAGUAACUUUUACACAAAAAGUUUAAAUGCUGUCUACUUUUCAUUUGCAAAUAUUUCCCCCCAUUCAGUAGGUUGUCUUUUCAUUUUGCUGGUAGAUUUCUUUUGCUGUGCAAAAAUUUUAAGUUUAACAUUUUUUACCUACUGUGAU